AUGAGCUUGAGAAAGCAUAGGAAAACCAGAAGCUGUAUAACAUUAUCGGAAAUUUUCCCUCAAGCUGUACAACCUGAACUUAAUUCUUAUGAGCUAAGCAUACAAAAAAUAUUUGAAACAACAGGAGUGACAGAUAAGCGCUAUAUCGGGACCAUUCUUGGAGGCUCAAUACUUGCUGUAUUAGGAUUUGUUAUUUUCACAGGAGCUACUGUUGUAGGAGGUGUUGUUGGAGGAAUUCUCGGUCUGGGCAUUGGCCAUGUAUUAGGCCGAAGAUGAAAAAGACAUAAAAUACCUCGAAAUAAUAUUACAAGAGAAAAAGAGUAUGAGCUUAGAUUAUAUUGCCUACUUCAAUUUAUGAAAAAACUUAAAAAAUCAAAAGUCCCAAUUUCUGACUACGCAGGAAUUUUAGAACAAGUAAUAUUCUAAGAAAUAAUAAAUUUAAAUUUCCUGCAGACAACUAUUAUUUAUUUCAUAUAGUAAAUAUGAUAGUAAGAAUGCACAUAUUUAUUAUAAAUAAGCAUAAACGAAUUUCGACCUGCUUUUAUCCUGCAGCUUCACAAUAAUGAAAUAAUGAAAAAAGUCCGGCGCUUAAAGAAGUUUUUAAGGACAAACGCCCCACACGCAGCUUUAAUUAAUUCUGUAGCUGAGCUGAAAUAUUCAGUAGAUUUCAACAUAAAUACCACUAUAAUAGCAGCACGGCUAAAACAUAUCUAUAUCCCUAUAAUGCAGCUUUUAAAAGAGCCGCCAGAAAGAGAAGACCGUGAGCUAGAAGUCGUUAAACAGAUUGAAUUUUUAAUUUCUCGAAAAAAAACCAAAAAAAUUCUCCAACGAUCACAAAUUCAUGACGAAAAUUUAGUUGAGGAGGUUUUGCGUUUUCCAGCUAUUCAUUCUUCUCAAGCUAACACAAAUUUCCUUUCUUGUAAGCUUUUAAACGACUUAGAUUAUUUCAUUAAAAACAAAGGCGACAUUUUCUCAGAAAAAAAUUAUGAAAAUCAAGUAGCCAGCGAAAGACUGCUAUUAAGACGUGCAAGUAUUCCAGGAUAUACCCGACAUCACCCUUAUCAUAAGUUGCAUUGAAAAGAUGAAGAAAGACUUGACGCUAUUUCUGAGAUCUCUUCAUCAUUACAUAUGUUUAACCCUCCUAUGUUUGCUAAACAAGAAGAUCCUUCUGAUUCUGUAUCCGAUGUUGAGUCAGUCGCCAAUGAAAAAGACGUCUCUAUAAAAAUCGAAGCUCUCAAUAGGUCAGGAGAAAGGCGCUUUUCCUCGUCAAUUAUCCCACCAAAAUCCCCUCCGCCCCCAUUUAAAGGCUUAGUAGCUGACAUUGAACAAAGCGCCAGCAGUGAUGACGAUGAAGAAGAAAAAUCCAUCGAGCUGCCGAGGUCAAGGAAAGAAAGCUUAGACAUUUCCUGAUCAAAUAUUGUUAAAAAGCAGUCAAUAGAAGAAGUAAAUCAUGUCAAUACGGCUAAAAUUGAUGUUUCUGUUCACAAGUAUCAGAAGGAUUUUGAUAUUCUAUUGGAAAUUGAAAAAGAGGAAAAUUCAGAAAAGGUAUGGAGACAUGUUGUUAAUAAACCUGGAACUCAUUGCUAUCAAAAAAAGGUAAGCGACUCGCCCAUUUGUAUGAUUAAAGCAUUUUGUGAGGUCGAUUAUUCAGCGGAGACUGUGUAUAGGGCGAUUUGGGAUACUUCGAUAAGGACUCAAUGGGAUAAACUUUUUCAUGAAUUUAAGGUCAUUGAUAAAACUCCGGAUUAUGAGGUACUUUACUAUUAAAUUUAAAUAAAAUCAGCUUUUAGAAUAAGGCACUUCAGACUAGAAUAUAAUGGAAAUUAGGAUUUAAUAAAUAAUUUAGAAUAUAAAGCAAUUAUACUGGAAAAGAAUAUAUGAUUAAAGCUCCAUUCGGGCUUACACGUAGAGAUUGGCUUCAAAGAAGAAUAGAGAUCAGGAAUUAUCCUGAACCAAAUACAAUUAUGCUUCAUUUCAUCAGCAUGGAGCAUCCUAUGAUGCCACCAAGAAAAGGAGUGAUCAGAGCAGAAACAUUGAUUUCUGGAUAUGUGAUAAAUAAAAUGGUAUUCGGUUCGAGCGAAAUCAGCUCUGCUAAUAUUCUCUCCCUCAAGCAAUUUUAUUUAUGGGGUUGAGUUUUACUCGAGAACUUCUGCACAGCAACAGCGGUUUAACUCUAGGGAUAACCAGAGGAACUGCUCCUUAGUGCGCCCAAGAGGCUCAAAUCUUUACCCCUCAGCACAUCCGACGAAGGUGACCCUUAGCCUGAACAGGUGCUGGAGCUGAGUUGUAUAAAACCGUGGCGGUAGCCAAGCCCUUCGAAGCCGAAACGCUGUGUUUGCGCGUGCCCUGGCGAAUCAAAGUGGAUCGAUCCAGAGGUCCAUGGCCGAUAUGUGGACAAAUAUGGUGGCAGCUCUGGACAAGGCUACCCCGUAGUGGACGUAAAACGCUAUUAAUAACUUAAGAUUAAGAUUUCUGGAUAUGUAAUACGACCAGUAACUCAAAGGUCAUGCAAAGUUACAAUCAUAACUCAAAAUGACGUCAAAGGGCUAAUUCCAACUUUCCUAGUAAAUAAGUUUGCAGCAAAAGCACCAGCUGAUUGGUGCACAAACAUGAGAAGAGGCUGCAAGCUUAUAGCAGGCUAUUAA